CCAUCUUGUGGAAGAGAGGCCAAGUGACAGCGGGAGCUCAUUCGAGGUGGGGGCUCCUGGCGGCGCGCGGGGCCCUAAAGGGAAAGGGGCGUGGGGACAGUUACUGAAGAGCGGAGGAACCCGAGUGGAGAGACGCCUGUGGACGCUGCGGGCAGGGGCCUUACGGUGUCAGGGUUACGGGCUGCAGUUCCGGCUGGUGGAUAUUGGAGGAAUAAUAAAAAGUGCUCUAUGCCCAGGUCUCUGUGGCUGGGCUGCUCCAGCCUGGCGGACAGCAUGCCUUCGCUGCGAUGCCUGUAUAACCCAGGGACUGGCGCACUCACAGCUUUCCAGAAUUCCUCAGAGAGAGAAGACUGUAAUAAUGGCGAGCCCCCUAGGAAGAUAAUACCCGAGAAGAAUUCACUUAGACAGACUUACAACAGCUGUGCCAGGCUCUGCAUAAACCAAGAGACAGUAUGUCUAACAAGCACUGCUAUGAAGACUGAAAAUUGUGUGGCCAAAACUAAACUUGCCAAUGGCACUUCCAGUAUGAUCGUGCCCAAGCAGCGGAAACUCUCAGCAAGCUAUGAGAAGGAGAAGGAGCUGUGCGUCAAGUACUUUGAGCAGUGGUCAGAGUCUGAUCAAGUGGAAUUCGUAGAGCACCUCAUAUCCCAAAUGUGUCAUUACCAACAUGGGCACAUCAACUCUUAUCUGAAGCCUAUGCUCCAGAGGGAUUUCAUAACUGCUCUGCCAGCACGGGGUCUGGACCAUAUUGCUGAGAACAUUCUGUCAUACUUGGACGCCAGAUCUCUGUGUGCUGCCGAGCUUGUGUGCAAGGAGUGGUACCGUGUGACGUCGGACGGCAUGCUAUGGAAGAAGCUCAUCGAGAGGAUGGUCAGGACAGACUCUCUGUGGCGAGGCCUGGCGGAGCGCAGAGGGUGGGGACAGUACUUAUUCAAAAACAAACCUCCUGAUGAGAAUGCUCCUCCCAACUCUUUUUAUAGAGCACUUUAUCCUAAAAUUAUACAAGAUAUUGAGACAAUAGAAUCCAAUUGGAGAUGUGGACGGCAUAGUUUACAGAGAAUCCACUGCCGAAGUGAAACAAGCAAAGGAGUUUACUGUUUACAGUAUGAUGACCAGAAAAUAGUAAGCGGCCUUCGAGACAACACCAUCAAGAUCUGGGAUAAAAGCACAUUGGAAUGCAAGCGAAUUCUCACAGGCCACACAGGCUCUGUCCUGUGUCUCCAGUAUGAUGAGAGAGUGAUCAUAACUGGGUCGUCAGAUUCCACUGUCAGAGUGUGGGAUGUGAAUGCAGGCGAGAUGCUCAACACCCUGAUUCACCAUUGUGAGGCAGUUCUGCACUUGCGCUUCAAUAACGGCAUGAUGGUGACCUGUUCCAAAGACCGUUCCAUUGCUGUAUGGGAUAUGGCUUCCCCAACUGACAUCACCCUCAGGAGGGUGCUGGUGGGACACCGAGCUGCGGUCAACGUCGUAGACUUUGAUGACAAGUACAUCGUUUCUGCAUCUGGAGAUAGAACCAUCAAGGUGUGGAACACAAGUACCUGUGAAUUUGUGAGGACCCUAAAUGGACACAAGCGGGGGAUCGCCUGUUUGCAGUACAGAGACAGGCUGGUGGUGAGCGGGUCAUCGGACAACACCAUCAGAUUGUGGGACAUAGAGUGCGGCGCGUGUCUGCGGGUAUUAGAAGGCCACGAGGAACUGGUGCGCUGCAUUAGAUUUGAUAGCAAAAGGAUAGUGAGUGGGGCCUAUGACGGAAAGAUCAAAGUGUGGGAUCUUGUGGCUGCUUUGGACCCCCGUGCUCCUGCAGGGACGCUCUGUCUACGGACGCUGGUGGAGCAUUCUGGAAGAGUUUUCCGACUGCAGUUUGAUGAGUUCCAGAUUGUCAGUAGCUCUCAUGAUGACACCAUCCUCAUCUGGGACUUCCUAAACGACCCGGCUGCCCAUGCUGAACCACCCCGCUCCCCUUCUCGGACAUACACCUACAUCUCCAGAUAAAUAACCCAACACUGACCUCAUUCUUGCCCGGGACUCGUUAAUGUUGCAGUAUUUAACAUACCUGCCAAGACCAGGACGAACAACAACAACUCCUACCCGGGUUCCCCGGAUGGGUCAGCGAGGAACAGGGCUUUGAGACUCCUGUUGGGACAGUCGGUCAGCAGCUGGCCAGGAUGGUCUGCUCCGCACACCGGCUGCUUCAGUGCUGCUAUCAGAAGAUGUCUUUAUCUUGUGUGAAUGAUUGGAACUUUCAAGCCUUCCUCCCCUUCCCUUCCCCUUCCCCUCUGCACCUGUUUCUCUCCCAUUGGGUUCCAGACAAAGAUGACUUAUAAAUAUAUUUAGUGUUUUGCCAGAAUCUCUCUUGCUUUGCCAUUAAGCAGAAGAACUAUUUUCCCUAUCUGGCACACUUCUAGGGGCCAGGGCUGCGGCUUCCAGGCAGGGGAUGCCUGGCUGCCUCCUGUUAACAUGCAGGAGUGUCCAGCACCUGGCCAGAGCAGUCCUGGCCACUGCGUGGGAGGAGACAACUGCCUACACAUCCUGGAGGGGAGAGAGAGGAACACACACACACACUGGAAGAGCUGUACCUGCUGCCUCCCUCCACUGUCUGGGUUUCUGUCCCUCUUCCCUCCUCCCCUACUCCAUCUUCAACCUGAGGAGGUGUGUGAAGAGUGUCAUCAGCUAGCAUGAGGUGGAUGGCCUAAAAAAUGUGACACUUGGAAGACUUGAGUGUAUCCUAAUUUCCAGCCCAGGCUUUUGCUGCAAGUGACCAACCUGGGACAGCCGUGGAUUCAGGAACAUGACACUCAUCCUAUUUGCAGCUUUCUCUCUCCUCCUUCCCUGUGCCCAAGGGGAGGGACAGGAAUGGCCUGGGCGCCAUCAGUGCUUGUGUUUGCUCUGGACUCAGCAGUCUCCUUGGUUCCAUGUAGAGUGGAAAGGAGCUGCUGAUUGCAUUUCCUCUCAUUAACAAUUAGAUGUGUAAUAAAAAGCAUUGUGCUUCAUCUUAAAUCACUGGCGGGCUUGGCCUGCAGAAAGGCUUGGAAUGGCCAGCGCCAGGCACCACUGCACUCUGUACCAUGGCUCACAUCUGUUUCCUCGACAGAGCCGAAAAGCACCCAGGCACCCGUAGCUGCCCACCAUGAGCACAGUAGCUUAAGAGAUGGUCAGGAGAGAACUAGAUCCUCAGUUUGGGCCAGUAAAUAUCAGAGUCAGUGUGAGCAUCUCAGCCUUGCGCUGCAGACCCUGCCUUCUGCUGCUCCCCAGCCCAGUGCUGGCAGAAAGGCGAGGCUGCCAGAGGGGGUCAGGGUGAAGCUUGGCACACAGGGUUUACUGAUAAGCAAAAGCUGCCUUCUUUUCCUUUCUUUCUCCCAGCCUUAUUUGCUGUCUGCUUUCCCCAGCCAGUAAACUGGCAGUCAGUGAAAACAUAAGCAACUGGACUUCCACAAGGGCGGAGCUAACUGGCCAUCUGGAAGGUAGCACUGGGCCUCUGCCAGCAGACUCCAGAUGCAGAGGCUCAUGGGCGAGCCCCGGAGUACUUGAACUAGAACUGACUUGGUUUCCCCCCAGCAUGCAUGGUCUUUCCUGCCAACGGGUGAUUUAGACAUGGCCUUGUGGGCCCAAGACCACAAAACAGCCUCAGUUUUCCUUUGGAAGCCAAGCCGUCUAUCAUUGCUGUUCCUAACUGCACAUUUGAGUUUGAGGAAGUCACCUGAACAAGCUUAGAAAAGGGGGUCAAUCAUAAGUGACCUACAGUUAGGCCACCUUCACUUCAGCAGGAGAGGGAGAAGAGAGCAUUCCUAAGACUGCCCUAGUGACUGCCAUUACAUGCUGAGACAGGUCAUGUGUGCGCAGAUUGCCUUUCCUGUGUUACUGCAAUCUCAAGUUAUAGCCAAGAAAUCUCUCCCCCCCCCCCCCUUUGUCCCCACAUGCUGCAGUUAUCUGGUUAUCCGCUCUGAGAUCCUUGUCUGUUAUGUUGACUGUUAAUGGGGUAGGACUUUGCUGAAAAACAGAUCAGAGAGCUAAGCUGCUUCAAGAAAUGGUCUGAUGGCCGUAACUCUACUAGCCCCUCAGUCGUGCUUUGAAAAGUAGGAGCAGGAGAGCAACUGUCUAGCAUACGGAGGCCCUGGGCUGCAUGCCCAGGAGUAGUGGGAGAUGUGGGUACAGACUCGUUAGUGCCAGGACUGUGCUCUCCUUCCUGGGUUCAGCUCAAGGCCUACUGCUCCGAAGCCAGCUGGGACGUGUGCUCGCCCGUUGUGCUUGGGCUCAGGUGGACCCUUCGAUCAAGCCAAUAGCUCAGCUAAGCUUUCUCUCCUCGUUGUCCUCUCUGCUGCUGCUGGAAAUGGGAAUGAAGUUAAGUGGUCUGAGAAACUUGAAUCACUCACAGUUCUCAGCUCUGGGGGUCAUUUACUAGUUCAUUGUAGAAGAAACAAUCAGGUAAGUAGAAGUUCAUUUCCAGAGAAGGUGAACCCCACUUACCGUCUCUGCAUGAUUUCAGUGGGAAUUGAUUAUCACCGAUCCCCAACUGGGCUAGAAUAAAUGCAAAGUUUGACCUUUUUAAAAAGAAAAGAGAAACAAAGAGCAUCUCCACACAUUUAAAGGAGUAGACAAGAUGCUGCAGUGUCCUAUGGCUCUGAGGGGAGCAUUUCCCGUGGUCAGUCUUUUUCACUAAAAUCUGCUUUGCAGUGUAGAGCUCAAAAGACCUUUCCUGACAACAGGCUGAAGUGCUUACGCAAGUGACCAGGUGCAUAGGGUUUCUGCUGGAGCCUGUGACCUCUCUGUCAUGCUGGUGAUGUCUGGACAAGGCCACCAUGCCUUGCUGCUGUGUGUGUGUGUGCGUGCACGUUGCUGCUGCUGCUGGGAACAUCUUUUCCUUGAAGUGCAGUUAGAAAGUGGAUAUGAAUUAUGGAUGGGAAGCCUUUUACACUUGUCCCUUGGCUAAAUUCUUUCUGAUUUGUCCUAACUUUAGAGACAGACUGUUUGGAGCUCUGUUGACAAGUAAUAAAAUCUGGCCCUUGUAGCUUGUUUUGGAACUGAAAAUGACACUGAGGUCCCUAAAUCAUUCUGUAAGGGUAAAAAAAAAAAAAUCUAACAAUCCGAAGCUGCAGAGAAGGCUGUCUGCAUUCAUGGCUCACCUUUCCUUGCUGGCUUCUGGUUUGAGCAGCUUGAUUUGAUGUACUUGUUUAGCUGUUGACUAGAGUGGAGAACACUGAAAAUGGGGAUGGCCGUGAUACUGUUAAUUGUCUUAGCAUCUCCCUUUUGAAUUAGAUGGUGACACCUUCUGGUCCUGAAUCUAAAGCAGGCGUGCCUGGAUUAAUGCUGGCCUGCAGGCUAGGCUUGCAAGUGUGCUCUCAAGUGUCCAUGGGACCCAGCCCUGUGACUGCGCUCUGCGUGGUGGUGGUCUGUUUACAGCGUAACUUCUGAUCCACAUUCAUCUCUAACCCCAUUUGGUUAAACUCAGCAGUGUUAAACGCACCGGAGACUUACGGUAGUGUCAGUCCUAGGAUACACACACAGACGACCUCUGGCAGUGCAGAGCCCUUCUUUUAAAUCACAGUGAACACAAUCAGUACCAGAGAGACGAACAUCUUGGGAAUAAAGUUGAGUUUUGCUUCUGGCUAUCUUGAAGCUAUACUUAAUGUGUGAUGCCUGAGUCCUUAAAGUUGAGGAAAGAAACCAAAACAGCAAGUCUGUGGCUGCCUGCUUGCAGGUAGAAUCAACUGCAUUGCUGUCCAGAAACCUAGUGCUGGCAGCCUUGUCUCAAAACAAAAAAGGCCUAGCACCUGUGGUCUGAAAUUCCCAGAGGCAAUUGAAUUCCCAAAUAUGUGCUUCCCAACAAACCCUGUUUAUCCAACAUAGCUUCUGAGUAAGGGGUGGGGUAGAGAUGUGUGAUGCCUUCCCUCCUCCGCCUUUCCCUUGAACACUGAAGGAAUAGGUUCGACCACUAUGUACCAAGGAAACUGAUACCUUCCCAAAGCAGUGAUCCUUAUUGACAGCAAACUUCACUGAGGGUGUUCAGUGGAUUCCAGUGUGGGGACAGCCCUGGCAAAAAAUGUGAGCCAGAGUGCUUUCGGUUGUUUGCUUUUUGUUUCCUACAUUCUCCAGUGCUAACUGCUUUAAUUUUUGUGAUUCUGUUACGGUGAUGUGUAGUCAAUGUACCAAUAUGUUCACAAGCUAGGAUCAUGGUAAUUGAGUGUGUUUUGGUUUUUUAACUGUUCAGAAAAAAAAAAAAAGUAAAUUACAAAUACAAGAUUAAAACAAA